GUUGUUACGUAGUUUAGUUGUCUUCCCCCCGCCCGUACCUCGUCAACCGUGCGGUUAUCACUAACGUCGCGUCUUUGGGACGCGAUAAUAAUGAUAAAUAAAAACAAACAAAAAAACAAUAAGAAUUGACGACACUAAUUUCCGUCCCCGACGUCGCAACAAGCUGACUUCCGAAACUAUUAAUACAAUUAAUAUCGCGUCCAUUUCACAUUCAGCGGCCAAAUCGUUUAUAUAUCAGAUCACGUUUCGUACCCGAUCGUCUCGUGACCCGAAGGUAAGCUCGCACGCACGCACGUACGCCCGACCCACUCGAACACGAUAUAAUGCUGUGGACACCGCUGUCGGAACGCCGGAACGCUGAAAUGCAAACGGUAGUUAAAAAACAUUAAAAAAUGACUAAAUCAAGACACUAAUCGAAAUUCGAUAACCUACGAUCGCAGUGAGUACGAGGAAAUUGACGCCGUCAGUUUGGCACAGAUAUAGUACAUUGGUAACGACGUGACGCUAACCUGACCCAUCUUCAAGCUCCAAACCUUUACCAAAGGUUAGCAGUACUUAAUAGUGUUUCAACGGUUAGCUUUAGAAGUUUUCUGAUUUCGAUUUGUUGGUUUCAGUGCUAAAAUAUAUUCAAUCUUCCAAAAUGGCUGUACAUGGAUCUACACCCAAACGUAAAGAAAUUUACAAACAUGAAGCACCUUGGCCAUUAUACAGUAUGAAUUGGUCAGUACGGCCAGACAAACGAUUUCGGUAAACAACGAUAUUUAAUCAUUGUUAUGACUGAAUACUUAUUAUAUUUGAUAAGUUUCAAAACAUUUCAGAUUAGCUAUUGGCAGUUUUGUAGAGGAAUAUAAUAAUAAAGUUCAAAUUGUAUCCUUGGACGAAGAAGUAUCAGAAUUCAGUCCCAAGAGCACAUUCGAUCACCCAUAUCCGACAACAAAGAUUAUGUGGAUCCCUGAUAGCGUAUGUUAUUAUAAUAUUUACAUUAUUUGUUAAAUGUUUCACAUUGUACCUAAAUACUUAUCAAAUUUAUUAUAUUAUAGAAAGGAGUUUUUCCUGAUUUAUUAGCUACAAGUGGUGAUUAUUUACGAAUUUGGAGAGCGGGUGAACCAGAAACCAGACUUGAAUGUAUCCUUAAUAACGUAAGUAUCAACUCUGUAAAAUGUAAAAUGAUAUAUUUUUGUUUAGUACUUUUGAGACAAUUCAAUUGUUUUGAUAAAUUGUGCAAUUAACUUUGAUGUUUCAAAGUUUUGCUCAAUAAUCAUUAAUAAAACUAUUAAUUUGAUAAAAAUGUAUUUUCAGUUUUCUGAAUACAUUAUUAUAAUAAGUAUAAUAAAUGUUUAACUUGGUAACCGAUUUUUACAAUAUGUUACCCGAUCCUUUGAUAUCUAAUUAAGACAAUAUUACAUAAUAGAAGUUAUUAUAAAAUAUUAAUCUAAAUGAUUUUAAAAUACUUAAAAUGGAAGUUAAAUAUAAUUAAACAAUUUUGUUGCAAUCAUAUCGCUAUAAUAUACCUAUUAUGUUAACAGAAUAAGAACUCUGACUUUUGUGCUCCAUUAACAUCAUUUGACUGGAAUGAAGUUGAUCCUAAUUUAAUUGGAACAUCAAGUAUUGAUACUACUUGUACUAUUUGGGGUCUGGAAACAACACAGGUAAUAUUAUUACCCAACAAUCAAAUUUAAUAUUUGAAUGAAAAAUAAAUCAGAUGUUUUAUAAAAUUACAAUUGUAGAUUGUAGGUAGAAUUAAUUCUGUUGCUGGCCAUGUUAAAACGCAGUUAAUAGCUCAUGACAAAGAAGUGUACGACAUAGCCUUUAGUCGUGCUGGAGGCGGACGAGAUAUGUUUGCAUCAGUUGGUAUGGAAAUGCUAGUGCAUUAAUUGUCAUUAAUUUAUAGUGAAUCAUUAUUUAUUUAAUUAAAGGUGCUGAUGGUUCAGUUAGAAUGUUUGAUUUGCGACAUUUAGAACAUUCAACUAUAAUUUAUGAAGACCCACAGCACUCUCCAUUACUCAGACUCGCCUGGAACAAGCAAGAUCCUAAUUAUCUUGCUACAGUCGCAAUGGAUGCCUGUGAGGUAAUUAGUAAAUCUUUUCUAUUCUAUUUUUUUGGAUAAUUGAAUUAUUAUUACCUUGUGUGAAGGUCAUUAUAUUGGAUGUGAGAGUACCAUGUACGCCUGUUGCUCGACUAAAUAAUCAUAGAGCUUGUGUGAAUGGUAUUGCAUGGGCCCCCCAUUCAUCUUGUCACAUAUGUACUGCUGGUAUGUAUAUUUAUUAUGUAAUUAUUUCCUUAUAACUAAGGUCCAAAAUUAUAUAUACAUAAAAUAUGCAUGUAUGUAUGCACUGAUUAUCAUUAAAAUAUGCAAACAAAAACCUACUUAAUAUACAGAUUACAACAACUAGUCUUGAACAAAUUAUCUUUAUCUAGAAGGAAUUAGAUAAUAUAAGAAAACAAAUUCCUUAGGAACCAUAGGUAUAUGUGGGUAAAACCAACCUACAAUAGUAAAACAAAUGGGUAUGAAACACUUAGAUAUUUGACUAUAAUGUAAUGAAAAAUCAUAACUGAACCCUACUUAUAAUAUUUAAAUUUAUUUAGUGUAACUAAAUUAUUAUUUUUUAAUAUUUUGUUCAGGUGAUGAUCACCAAGCUCUGAUAUGGGACAUCCAACAAAUGCCUAGAGCUAUUGAAGAUCCAAUUUUAGCAUAUACAGCAGCAGAAGGAGAAAUAAAUCAAAUUCAAUGGGGUGCCACACAGCCAGAUUGGAUUGCAAUUUGUUAUAACAAGUCAUUAGAAAUAUUACGAGUGUAAUAAUACUAUUGGAUUAUUGUAAAUGCAUUAAAACUAGAUAAUCAUAUUAAUUCAUUUUUAAUCCCAUUUUUCACAUAAAUAUUAUAAUUUAUCUGAUUGAUAUGUGAAUUAUAUUUUCAAAAAAACCCAAGACUUGAAUUUUAUAUUUUAUUUUUUAAAGAUUUCAAUAUCUUGAUUUAUUUUUACUAUUUCACCUAUAUUUUCUUAUAUUUUAUUUUACUAUUUCAACAUUGUCCAAUAUUUUAUACUAUUUAGUAUAAAAAUGUAUAUUAUUAGUAAUUCUCUGGUAGAUAAUUUUUUAGUAUAUUCAUGUAAUUAAAAACAAUUCUCUUAUAAAUUAUAGGACAACUAUUGGUUUGUUUGAUUUUUUAAUUGUAUUUUUAUAAAUAAGUUACUAGUUUAAAAAAAUAUAGAGUUAAUUUAAUAGAUAUUAAAAACACAUAGUAUAUGUAUAAGUUAAUUAUAAGACGGAAAUGUAAAUAUUUAUCAAUAUUAUGUUUUAACAAAUGUGAUUUUUUUUUAAAUGUUAAUUUUAAUUUUUUUCUUAUCAUAUUUGUAUGAAACCGCAAUAAUUAAUUUUAAUAUUUUUUACAAAGUUAGUAUCCAUUGUAUAUUAACAAACAAUUAGAUUCAUAUAUUUAAUUAGCAAUAUUAUUGAUUAUAAAUUUUCAAUACUUAAUUUCACACUUAUCAUACAUUUAUUUUAAUGGUAAUAUGAAACAUUAAACAAUAUAUUUAUAUUAUAGUUAAUUAUAUUAGAUAAUAUUAUUGUACACUCAUUAUUUAUUGUGAGUUGAACAUGUAUUAUUUAUAAAUUACUUUGGAUCAUAUAGAUUUUUACACUCUGACCUUUAAAAAUAAUAAGGUGGCACAAUUAUGAAUUGAUAAGUUUGAAUUUUGAUAAUCUCUGAAAUUAACAUUUAAACAAAUUACUUAUUCAAUGAUAUAAGUUAAAUUAUGAAGUUAUAACAAACAAAAGUUUAAUACUUCAUUAUUUCAUUAUAUUAAACAGGUGUUAUAUAUUAUAUUUUUAAAAUAUUAAUUGUAUUUAUCAUUAUUAUCUACAUACAAUUUUUUUUGAAAAACUAAC